AUGGAUGAAGAUAUAUAUGAUGAAUUUGGCAAUUUGCUUAAUGAAGAGCAGUAUGAUUCAGAUUCGGAUAAUCACUCAGGCAGCUUUGUUUCCGAUUCUGAGGUAGAUCAUAAGAGUAAUAACAAUGGUACUAUGGGCGAUGAGAACGUGACGGAUCUUACUAUUAGACAACCCAAAUUAUCGGAAGUAUAUGGCCCCGAUGUGGAGGUUCUAGUGGAAACUCAAGAUCGUGAUGAUGUAAACCUUCCACUAGUUCAGCCAUAUGACACGAAGCGGCGAGUUUACAAUGCUGUGUUCACUCAGUUGAAGAGAAAUAUUCCAAAGGCAGCAUACGACAGAGAAUACAUGCUGCAACUUGCUUCAUCUUCAGAGCGCUGCAUUAAUAUCUGUGUUUGUGGUCCUUUGCACUCAGGGAAGACGUCGCUUAUGGAUAUUUUGGCGAUAGAAUCACAUGAGAGAUUACCAUAUCUGUCUAAGGCUAUGAAAGAUGGUUGGAAGCCGUUAAAAUAUACGGACAAUAUCAAAUUGGAGAUCGAGAGGGGUUUAUCAAUGAAGUUAAAUGGAUUUACUUUUAUUAAACAAGACUCCAAGGCUAAAUCUCAUGUAAUCACUGUCUUGGAUGCACCGGGACAUGUUAACUUCUUGGAUGAGACUAUAAUUACAAUGGCUGCCAGCGAUUGCUGUUUAAUAGUCAUCGAUGUUGUUGAAGGCAUAAAUUCCAUUGUGGUUUCAUUAAUUAAACGUGCACAAAGAGAAAAACUCCCGGUAUUAUUCGUUUUGAAUAAGAUUGACAGAUUAAUACUAGAAUUGAAACUCCCUCCUAGAGAUUGCUCUUUAAAGCUACACAAACUCGUGGAUCAAAUUAAUAUAUAUACUAUGCAGAGAUAUUCUCCAGAAUUGGGGAAUAUUGUAUUUGCAUCAGCCAAAUUCGGUAUUGUUUUUACUAUUGAGCAAUUUGUUCACUAUUAUUAUGCUCACAACGUAGGGUCAGACACAGAUAAAUUUGUUGAAAGAAUGUGGGGGGAAGUUUAUUUCAAUGCAGGCAAAUUUUCCAAAAAUCCAAACGCUAAGAAGGAAGUCACAUUUGUACAGUUCAUGUUGAACCCUCUCUACAAGUUAAUUUCGCAUACAUUAUCACAAUCCCCCACGGACUUGAAGUCUAUGUUGAAAAAAGAAUUUAAGGUCGAUCUCUAUUCUAGUUUUUAUAACCUUGAUCCAUUACCUUUGCUGCGACAUAUACUUAAACUGGUAUUUCGCGAUAGUGUCAGCCUUUUGGAUUCUAUUGUAAAAUAUGGCGCUACAUCAGAAAUUAAGUCCUCUACCAUAAUACCAAGCUCUUCUACAUAUACUGUUGCACAUGUCCUUAAAUUGAUGGAUUAUGGCGGCGAAUUAUGGUCUUUAGUUCGUGUUUACAGCGGGAUACUUAAAAAAGGUGACUUGGUUAAGUUAAUUAACGAGUCUCAAGACUCCGAGAUUAUAGAUGAAGACGAAGUCCCCACAAUUAAUGUUGAAGAGAUGGGCUUGCUAGGUGGCAGAUAUGUUGUUCCCAUUACGCAGGCAUCAAGAGGACAAAUUGUUCUGAUAAAGGGUCUAGACAAUUAUUACUUGGGAAAAACUGCAACUUUAUUUACAGAGUAUUCUUACAGUUUCCCGUCAACCAAGUUUAUGAAUGAACCAAUCUUUAAAAUAGUUGUGGAGCCCAUCAAUCCUAGUGAACUUCCAAAGCUGGUAGAGGGCUUAAAUCUAAUUCACAAAUUAUAUCCUGGUGCAGUUGUAAAAGUAGAAGAGAGCGGAGAACAUGUCAUUAUUGGAACAGGUGAGUUGUAUUUGGAUGUUUUAAUGUAUGAUCUUCGUCAUAAUUAUGCAAAUAUUGAGAUAAAAGUAUCUAUGCCACUUGUUAAAUUUUCAGAAGGAUGCAAUAACACUUCUUUUGCGGCAAUUCCUGUCACUUCACCCAACGGUUUGAUUAAGUUGAGUGUUAGUGCGGAACCGUUAAAGCGUGAUAUAAUCCGUGACAUGAUCAACGGGAAGUUACAGAGUGCUGAAUUCGACAACAUUAAAGUUCUAUCAAAAAAAUUGCGAACUGAAUAUGGUUGGGACUCUCUAGCCGCAAGGAACGUGUGGAAUUUCCAUAAUUGUAAUGUAUUCAUCGAUGACACGCUACCUGACGAAGUUGACAAGGAGUUAGUUAAGUCCGCUAAGCGUCAAAUUUUGCAAGGGUUCAAGUGGGCCGUUAAGGAAGGUCCAUUAGCAGAAGAACCAAUAUAUGGUGUCUCUUUCAAACUUUUGAAUUUUGAUAUUACCGGUGAUAUCACGAAUUACUCUGCGCAAAUAAUCCCUCUAGUCCGUAGAGCUUGUUAUGUUGCGUUGCUAACUUCCGAACCGAUACUCCUAGAGCCUAUAUACGAAGCAAGCAUCCUAGUGUACGAGGUCUUAAUCCCAGUUGUAGAAGAACUGUUGAAGAAGAGGCGUGGUUCUCGCAUUUACAAGACCGACACAAUUGUGGGCACUCCGUUGGUGGAGAUAAAAGCCCAGAUACCCGUAAUUGAAUCCAUUGGCUUUGAAACCGAUUUAAGGUUAGCAACUAGCGGUGCGGGUAUGUGUCAGAUGCAUUUCUGGAACCGUAUAUGGAGAAAAGUCCCUGGCGACGUGAUGGAUGAGGAUGCACUAAUACCAAAACUAAAACCAGCUCCUAUCAACAGUUUAAGUAGAGAUUUCGUCAUGAAAACAAGACGUAGGAAAGGCCUCUCUUCCGAAGGAUAUCAGACCAAUGAUGGGCCUACACUAGAAAAAUAUGUUGAUCCCGACCUCUACUCCAAAAUGAAACAGAAUGGCUUGCUUUAA